UGUGUACAUUAAUCUUUUCUAGGAAUUAAUUUCUUAUCUGAGCUCUUUGAAUCAGUUUAACAAAAAUCUGUAAGAGCUGCUGGUUGAGGAUUGAGUAUGGGUUUGUAGAGGCCUUGAGUUUCCAGUGUGUAAUUUGUAAAUUGCACUCGCAUUACCAGAGACAGGAAAUUGACUGACUGAAGCACUCCGGGAAAUGGAUAAAUUAACCCAGAACUCUGGGCAGAUAAGGAUUGCCAUUCAUGGCACAGAAAGGCUGAAUUUUGAAGGACUUCUUUCCUCAUGUAGUUGCUCAGUGACCUCUACAGAGGGCAGAAAUGAUCUGGUUGAGAGUUGAGACUUUUAAAGAGAAAUUUUUGAUCUCUGUAGACACAGAUAACAGCUGGAAGGUGCUGCUGAGUACCUGGAGAAUGGUGCAAACAGGCAUAAAGAAAAUCUACAAGGGUUUGGUUUGGAGUUUUUUUUUUAUAUGUUGCUGCAGGUAAAAACCAGAUAUUAUUGGGAGAAGAAGCUCUCUAGGUAGAUAAGAUGGCUGCUCCUGAGAAAGAUCCAGACCUGAGGCUGCUGCAGAAGAACCCAUUGGACCCCAGCAGCUGUCAGAAGAGCCAGUUCCUGGAGAGUGAGUGGAAGGCAGCCAUGGUGUCCCUGAGGUCGCUGAGCCGCUGUCCCAGCGUGGCCGAGAGCAGGGACGGGGGCAUUGGCACCUCCUGCUCGGACAGCACCGAGGACUCCUGCAACUCCAGUAGCGGCUCCUCAUUCCACCCCAUCAAAACGCAGGUGACCAUUCCAACAGCCCACGUUAUGCCUUCCACGCUGGGCGCCUCGCCCUCCAAGCUGUGCCCCGCAGGGGACCAGGGCUCUGCACAGCCUGCCGGGCCGGGGCUGGCCAGGAACGGGGAGCUGAGCGCCGGGAAGGCCUCCCAGGUGCCACCCAGGGAGCUGCUGCGUCUGUGCAGGGCCGCGGGCGACGGGGGCUGCGAGCACGCCUGGCCUCCUGCCGCCGACCGCACCCGCACCGAGGGAGCCUGGAAGUUCGACACCCCUGCCAUGGAGCAGACCCUGAACCAGUCCCUGCUCACGGACAGCCUGUGCACCGACCCCCUGCACCGGUGCCAGCAGUUCAACCCCAGCUCCGAGGCAGGGAAGGACCAUUACAAGGUGCUGCCGGAGAGCAAACAGGCGCCCAAUGGAACCUGCGAGGGGCCGUGGCCCAGCGGGAGCAGGGUGAUGCCAGCAGGACUCCAGGCCAACAGCUUCUAUUCCAAACCCGUGGCAGCUCCCCCAGGCCGAGCCUGGCUGCAGGAGGGCUGCACGCUGCACCCCCACCAGGGAAUCUGCGAGCUCAGCGCCUGGAAACAGCAGCUGGACAAAGUGAGGCUGCAGGUGGAGCAGAUGCAGUUACAAAACGGAGGCACCUGCCCCCAUUCCUCUCUGUGUUCCCCAUCCCUGCCUGCCCCCGACCCAGCCCAGUGGAUCAAUAUCCUGAACUCCAAUGAAAACCUGCUCAAGGAGAAGGAGCUCCUCAUUGACAGACAGAGGCAGCACAUUUCCCAGCUGGAGCAGAAGGUCCGUGAGAGUGAGCUGCAGGUGCACAGCGCCCUGCUGGGCUGCCCAGCAUCCUAUGGAGACCUCUACAUGCUGAGGAUGCAGGAGCUGCAGAGGGAGAACACCUUCCUGCGAGCGCAGUUCACAGAGAAGACUGAGAGCCUCAGCAAGGAGAACAUUGAGCUGGAGAGGAAGCUGGCUGCUGCAGAGCUGGAUGUGAAGCGGGGCCGGGAGUCCCUGAAGGAGACGGUGCAGAAACACGCAGAGGAGCUAAAGAAACAGGAGGAAAGGGUAAAGGGAAGAGACAAACACAUUAAUAACCUUAAAAAGAAGUGCCAGAAGGAAUCUGAACAAAACAGAGAGAGACAGCAGAGAAUCGAGACCCUGGAACGAUACCUGGCUGAUCUCCCCACCCUUGAGGACCACCAGAAACAGAGUCAGAAGCUGAAGGAGUCUGAACUGAAGACCACUGCCCUGCAGGAAACAGUGCUGACACUGGAAAGGGAGCUUGGAGAUGUCCAGGCUGCUUUCAGGGAGCAAGAGCUGCAGCUGGAAACCCAAAAGCACAAGGAGAGGGAGCUCCUGUCCACUGUGCACAGCUUGCAGGACAAGCUGCAGCAGUAUGCAAAGAAUGCAGAGAGAGGAGCCCCUGGCCAGGAUGGGGAGAGGCAGAAAAUGGAGCAUGACUCUCUGAAGAAGGAGUGUGACUGCCUCAGGAAGAUUGUGGACAAAAAGCAGAAGAAGAUGGAGCAGUUAUCCUUGCAAGUCAAGAACCUGGAGGAACAGGUGGCCCAGGAGGAGGGGACAAGCCAAGCUCUGAGAGAGGAGGCAAUGAGAAGGGAAAAUGCUCUGCAGCAGCUCCGGGCUGCCGUGAAAGAGCUGUCCGUGCAGAACCAGGAGCUGAUAGAGAAGAACCUGACGCUGCAGGAGCAGCUGCGGCAGGCGCAGCUGUUGGCGCAGCCCCUGCCUGCUGACAGCGCCCGCCUGGCCCAGGAGCUGCACGGGGAGCUGGCCAGCUGCCUGCAGGACUUGCAGUCUGUCUACAGCAUCGUCACCCAGAGGGCUCAGGGCAAGGACCCCAACCUCUCCCUGCUCCUGGGCAUUCACUCUGUGCAGUGCCCUGUGAAGGAGAAGGGUGACCUGCUGAGCCCUGACGGACUGGCCAAGAAGCUGGUGGAGGUAAAAGAGCUUCACAAAGAGGUGGAGGACUUGAGGACUGCAAUAUCUGACAGAUACGCUCAGGACAUGGGAGACAACUGCAUCACCCAGUGAAGAGCACUCCCCAAGUAAGGCAGGGAAUGAAGACUUGAACCUGUCAGGAGUCCUGUGCUCCUACAACCCUAAACUAUUCAGCACUUUACCAUCCCUCUGCUUGGGUACAGGACGUAUGGCCUGUCUGAUCUGUGAGGAAUCAGGGGGUUUGUGGCCAGAAGUGUUCAGCUGCUGACUGGGAUAAUUCAGGGCUUCGGUGUCAGGCUUUGCAGUAGCUUUGAUCUUGUGGAAUGUGUUUUAUGCUGUGUUUGCUGGAGCUGCCGUGGCCUCUGAUGCUGGGAGAUGGAUUCUGACUUGCCUUGCAGGCAUGUCAAAUGCUGAGCAUGCAAGUGUGACAGUUAAAAUGAUGGCUGAAAGGAAAUGUACGCCCUGGUCUCGCUGAUAACCUCCCUGUGCAGGUCCUGUGGGACCAGAGGCUGGUCAGGGUGUUUGUGGGAUAUCUGGGCUCCACGGGCAGGCAGCUGUGCCAGUUCCACUGCUGGCAUUUACAUCGAGGUGCUGCUGCCUUGCACUGAUGGAGCAGGACCUGCUCUCCUCAGGUAAUGCAGCAAUUCAGCACGAGCUGAGGAGUAAAGCAACACUAAAAGACUCUGGAGCUGCUCCCCCUGGGCACUGUUACCCCAGAAGCCUUAAGCCUGUUGUGCCCCUGCAUCAGCACUGGCAGUGGGCUGUGAUCAGACUGCAGAGCCAGUGGAUUGGUGCUGAAGUGCCUUAAUGAGCUGGAAGAACCCUCUGUCCCCACUCUGCUCUGUGCCUAAUGCAUCCCCUGGCAGGUGAGGGGCUGCUCUUCCCUCUCACAGCCUUUUAGAGCCAUCAAACCAUCCUGGGGAGCCCCAAGUGUCUGUGGGCCCUGCCAGAGCCCCCAAGAGCCUCUGUGCCCUGGGGACGCCUCUGCUUUACUGGAGAAAGCCAUACUGCUCCUGAUGUGGAGGGGUGGCACAGGGAGCCCUUCUGCGGCCACCUGGGCUCUGUCCCAGCCCUGUCCCUCCUUCCCUGCUCCUCUGUGAGUGAUGGCAUUUCUGAAUGAGUCCCUGAGGGAUCAGUCUCACUGUCCCACCACAGCUUUGCAGUACUGAGGGUGGAACUUGGGUUUUCAUCUUAAGAGCAAGAUGCCCAAGCUGUGACAGGGAAAGUCCUGCUGCCACUCGUGGUGUUUGGCUGCUCUUGGUUCACCCUGGGGCUGUGAGCCCUGGGUUUGGCAGAAAUGCUUUUGUUGUUCCUUUGUGUUACAAUUUUAAGACCAAAUCUGUUUUGUUCUCGGUGUUUGGCCACCAUGGGGGACUGGUUGGUUUGUGCCACACAGGGAGCACACAGCCGUGUCUGUCUGUCUGUCCUGCUGUCCCCGGGUGUUCUGUUCCUGGCUGUGUCUGUCCCCAGGCUGCUGGUGCUGUGUACUGGGGAAAACGCAUUUCCAGGGCUGUUUUGAAGCCGUUUGUCCUGACUGCUGGGAGCUCUGCUGGCUCCUGCAGCUUCUCAGGGGCUUUGGGGGUGCAAGAUCUCGUUCAUGGGUGCUGUGAGGGCACAGCUGUGCCCUCUGCCCCUGCGGAGGUGAUUCUGAGAUGGGAUUAUUGUGGCUGGAACCGCCUGGCUCUGUCCCAGCUGCCCUGUCCUGUGUCCCCUCCAUGGGGACAUGUCCUCUGCUCAUCCUGCUGCUCAGCUGAGCCCCUCUGGCCCUGAGGGUGAUGCUGCAGGGAAAUCCUGGGCUACAGAACACCCCAGCACGGUGUUCCCUCCCUGUCCCCCGUCCUCGUCCCACGCGUGUCCCCCGGUGUCGUGCCCGGUCCCGUUGGGCUCGGUGUCUUUGUCCCAGCCUGUGUCUCGGCGCUUGUUUGUAUCGGGUAUUUGGAGUAUCAAAUAAAGCUGCUCUGCCCCA